AUGGCCGUCGGAUUGACAUCUAAAUGUUGGAGGGAUCAAAGGUCACAGGAUAAGCACAAGGGAACCCAAGCCGAUUGUGGAGAUGAUUGCAAUGAUUUUUGCAUGGCCGUCAGAUUGGACCCCAGCGUAUCUAACGGAAAACAGUAUACCUGGGAUUGUGGAUGCCCAACGGAACAGUCGUGGCUCAAAUAUACUUGCAAGGAGGAAAGCAACAAUCAAAUAUAUGUAACUGGAAAUAACAGCUAUUUGAUCGAUUGUUGCAAGGAUACUGGCAGCCAAUGGGGAAAC